AUGUCGUGCCAGGCAGGCAUGGCAGUGGGCGACAUGGAGGGUGCUCGGCUGCGACUCACUGAAACGGUAGUCGGUGGCGGAGCUGAAGGGCAGUCUCGGCACGCGGCCGGGUCCUUUUUCGUCGGCUGGGCAGGGGUAGCUCGAGCGGAAUCCGAUCCAGACGAACAUGCGCCCGACAACAUCAACGCACGAGGCGCAGAAGCAGAAGCAGAAGCAGAAGCAGAAGCAGAAACUACGAAUACGACGCCACCAAGAAAGAUUGCAAAAAGCGACUGCUCGAAGCAGCUUUGCGUUCGAACAGGGACAUGUCGAUGUUGA